AUGUCUCAAACUCCCUUGAUCAUGAUGGUCUUCGGAGACCGCCGUCGUCUCACCGCCCGUCCAGAAACCUACCAUCAACUCAUGGAUGACGCUCGGAAUGCCUUUGGCAGCAAAGCCGUCAACUUGACUGUUCAUUGCACUUCGAAGUCUAGAGAACCGGAGUUUGAACUUGAUCAGUCAGCAUACAGAGCGGUCGAGGACGGUUGGGUCCUUCGCUUGGAGCCAAAGGCUGCUCCGAUCAUCAAGCUCGAGUCCCUGCUGGUCAUUAAUGUCAAUGUCAGGACUUUGACUGGCGAAACCUUUUCGUUGAGGAUCUCACCAGCCGCCACCGUCGAAGAACUCGAAACUGCUGUAGAGGCCAGAACCGACUUGGACAAGGCAGCAAAGUCGUCCGUCACUCUGAACCCGAACACCAUCGCCGAGGUCUUUCUCGUCUUCAGAGGCGUAUCCAGUAUGAUCGGCACCGACGUGGACGGGAUGGAGGACCAGAGCAAGUUCCGCGUCAUUGAGUGGGGAGGCGUGGAGGUGAACCUGGAGCUAGAAUAA